AUGUAUUAUUCUAUCAAAGUUAUUAUCAUUUUUAUAAUAUCUUUCGUCAUUUUAUAUUAUGGCGUCGAAUAUUUUACUCGUUUUAUUGGAAAAAAAUUUAAAAUUCAUGUUGGAUCUAUAGGUUUUUUAUCAAUAGGUGACUUAUCUUAUAGUGGUAUUAUACCUGGUCCUCAACAAUCUCAACAUUCUUUUAAAAUUUCUGUAAAUAAAUUUUAUUUACAAGUAAGAAGACCAAAUUUAUAUCGUAAAACUUGGUUAACUAUAACAAUUGAUGGUUUAAAUUUAAAUUUUUCUUCUGUAAAAAUUUUCACUCAAGCGAAAUCAAGAAGAGCUCAUGUAAGAAGACAAAGUUUAAUUUCUGUUGUACCUCAAAAAGCUUGGUGGUCUUCAGUUCGCGUCUUUAAAUUUAUUAUGGGAAAAUUAUCUUCAAUACCUUCUCAAUUUUUUUUAUCUGUUAUAACAAAUUAUGUUAAUGUGGAUGUUUCAAAUAUUAAUUUAUUAAUUCAAGAUUUAGGAAGAUUUCAAAUUGAAGGAUGUAAUUUAGGAAUGUCUUUAUUCGCUGAUGUUGAUGUUGAAAAUUCUAAAAAUAAUAAUAAUUUUAAUAAUAAUAGUAAUGAUAAUAUUUAUAGUGAUAAUAAACAAUUUAAUCAACAUUUUCGUAAUGAUUCACAAGCACAUCAUUCAUUUCGAAAUCGUCGUCACGUAUUUUCUAAAAAAAUUUUGGAUAUUACAUUCUCUUUCUCUUCAUUAUCAAUUCAAGAUAUUGAAUCUUUUAAUAAAUUGAAUAGUACUAGUAGUUUAAUUCAACAUCUUCCAAAUAUUUCUCCCGCUAUUUCUUUACCUUCUUAUACUGAAAUUAUUUUAUCUUGUCAUCUUUCUCCUACUUGUACUUCACUAAUAUCUUUUGAUAUUAAUGUUGAUUUGAAUCGUAUAAAUAUUGGAAUAGAUUCUAUACUUCGUUUAGUUAAUAUUAUUCAAUCAAAACUUCCAAAAAAAGUAAAGAGAGGUCCCAUUGGUCGUGUAAAUAAUCAUUCAUCAAAUAAUUCAAAAGGUUUUAAUAUGGCUAAUUUAUUGGAUUCCUCAUUGGCUAGAAAAAUAAGAAUGUCUCGUAGAAAAAAGAGUCCAAUUGAAUAUUUUGGAAACGCUAUUCUUAAAUUUAAUUUAAUUAAUAUUAAAUACGAAUUUUCUGAUUUGGAAAAUAUCAAUCAUAAUGAUUUAUCUUUAGAUUUUCAAUUAUUAAUUAAAGGACUAUCUACUUCUUUGAAACAAAAUAAUGGUGAUUCUUUUAAUAGUCAUCGUAAUUCUAUCAUUUUUUCUGAAGAUAUUCCAAAACCAAUAGAAUUAAUAAUGGACUUUUCUGUUGAUGAUAUUCGUGGUGAUCUCAUAGAAAAUAAUGACAAAACUUUUCGUGUGAUUCAAGUGGAUAAAAUAAUUAGUAAAAUGUUAAUAUCCAAACCACUUAUUCAAACCGCUGAUUAUGAUCCAAAUUCCUUAUCUUUAAGUGGUACUUUAGAAAUUUCUUCCCCGUUAAUAUCCAUUGAUUAUGAAAAAUUUGAUGUUAUUGCAAACAUCAUCGAUUCAAUCAAAAAAUUUGAUAUCGAAGAAAAACAUGCAUCUACUAUAUCAUCUCAUCAAUCAUCGCGUUCGCGAUCUCUCGAUCAUAAAGAGUCAAGUCAACAGAUUAAAGGUAUUCCAAAAUUAGUCGCCACUUGCUCUAUAAUUAAUCCACUAAUUAAAAUUACUGGAAUCCCUAAUCAUACGCAAAUUGGUGAUUUUUCACAAUUAUCUUUUGGAUUUCAAGAUAUAUUAUUUGAUAUUAACGGUGAUUAUACUGAAUUAAUUGAUUUACCCUCAACUCAAUAUAAACAUGUAUUAUCAAGAAGAUAUAAUAGAGGUUGGACCCCUCCAAACUUUUCUUUAAUUUAUAAUUUGAUCGUAAGUUUAAAGACUCGUAAUAUGAAAUUAUAUACUUUUGAGGACGAUUUAAUCUUUAAUCAAUCUUUAGAAUUUAGUUUGGCAAUUUCUGCUCUAGGAAUUAUUGGUUCAUUAAAUAAUGAUAAUGAUAAUGAUACUACAACUUUCAUUACAGCUUUAGAAACGGAAACAAUUCAGGCUGAUAUUGGUUGGAUGGUUGAUGAACUUGAGAUUAAUUUAUGUGAUCAAUCAACUUUCUCUUUAUUAAAACAACUUGUAGAUGUUGCAAAAAGAUUUCAAAAGGAUGAAAUUAAAAAAGGAAAUGAUUUUUCAACAACAGAGAUGGUACAACCUCCAAUCGUAAGCGUGAGAUCUCCAAUAAUUUACACGGAAGCUUUACUCUGUCAUGUAUCUUUAAAUUCAAUAGGUAUAAGAAUUGCUGGAAUAGAUUCAUUUAUUGGUUCAUCAACUUCAAGAGGGAUUGAUUUUAGAUUACAGGAAAUCGCAUUCAAUUAUAAAGGAUCAAGAGCAUCAAUUGAUCCGAUGGCAUGUUAUAAUGAAAGAAUUAAACUUGGGAUAUCAACUGAAGAUUUUAGUGAAAUUCAAUAUGAUACUGGAGGUCUACUUCGAGGAUUUAUGAGAGAGUUAAAAUUGACACCUGUUUUGGCAAAUUGGGACAAAGAAUUAUUUAAAAAUACGACUCCUUUAAUAAAUAUACCGGAAUUUGAAAUUCAAAGUAAUUUUACACUUGAAUAUUCACACAAUGGUUACGAUAUAGUUGUCAACGCUACAGUUAGAAUUCAGGAAGUUAAUUUAGAAUAUUCGUUACUUUAUCAUUAUUGUUGUUUAGUUGGUAUCAUAAAUAUCUUUCGAUUAUUUCAAAUAUCAUUUGAUAAUGAGAAUGAGAACACAUUACCUACCUCUUCAAAUUCAUCAAGUAGAAUAUUAUCAAAGAUAAAUGUCAGUGUUGCAGUGAAUAAUAUUAAUGUUACGGUUGAUUUACAGGAUAACAACAAAAUUUUUGCAAGAAUGGAUUUGCUUAGCUACAAGUUCGUUUCACCUACAGAUCAUGGAGUUCGUAUUAAAAAAUUACGUGUUUAUGGAACAAGUCCGGUAGAGGAAGGAUUAUGGGAUGAAAUAGGAAGAGUGGAAAAUACACAAAUUCUUCUUUUGGAUGAUGACACAAAAAAUGGAAAAUCUAAAAAUAAUGAUUUAAAUGAAAAUAAUGUGGAAAAAUUCGAUAAGAUGAUACGUAUUCAAUUAGACUCAAUUCAUGUUCGUAUACCUCAUAAAUAUAUUUUAGCUGAUGUAAUUGAAAGUAUAGCUAAUACGGCAAAAGCUGUGAAACAUUUAAUUGAACGAAUCUUUGGGAAUGAAGAAUCAAGUUUACCUGAUCCAGUGGAAGAAGAUGCAAAACUUUUACCUACAAUACAACUUAAGGUUGGGUUGAUAACAUUCCGUAUUGAUGACGAUCCAUUUGAAUCGAAAUUAUCUUUAAUAUGGAAAGUCGGUUGUCUAGAGCAAAAGGCUAGAUUGAGUAGGGAUAUUGCUUUUGAAGCAAAAGCUCAAGCCAUCAGAACUCAUGAAGCUUCACAGUCAAAGAACAAUGGAAGCCAAUCACAAAGCGAAAAUGGUGGAUCCACAACCACUUUACAUGAAGAAAGAACUAUUGGUGCCUUCCGCCCGCAACCAUCUCCGCACGCGAAUUUAAGCAUUGAUGCAGCACGUAAAGCGUUGAAAGAAUAUAAUUCUAAAAGCUGGAUUAAAUGUGUAAGGGCUGCAGAUCCAUCACGUACGAAUUUACAUCAAAAUGACGAUGAUCUGCAAGAGGAAUUUCUACCCAUUCAAACAACAAAACCUUCAGAGUUUCCUGCUUUAUUUAGUGCUACUAUAGUGAAAUUCUUAUUUACACUUUCUACUCCUUCUUUUCCAAUAGAGGAAUUACCAAGAUAUAUGAGUGAUAUUGGGAAGGGUUUACCGUUAGAUACAAAAUUUGCUGUUUUAGUUCCAAUGCAUUUGAGCGCGAAAUUAAGAGAAGCUUGGGUUGAAGUGCGUGAUUAUCCGCUUCCAUUAGCCCAUAUUCCAUCUACAGAUAGUCUUCGUGGAAAGAAUAUAUACUCUUUCUUUCUUGAAGGAGAUUUGGUGGUUGGAGAAGAAUUAAGAGGAGCGGAAUCAAUUAGAAGAGCAGUUGUGGAUAUUGUUACACCACGACAUAUAAAAGGUGAUGAUAGUAAAUAUACUAUUCUCGUUCCAAGAACUGUCUCACCAGUUAAACUAUAUUCGGACCUUCGUGUAAAAAUUGAUUCUUCACGGCCAACUGUUUGUUCAUGGAGUAUUUCUAUGCAACCUGCAAUACAACAUUUCGCGAAAGUAUUUGAAAGUUUUACUAAACCUAAUCCUGAUCCUUCAGAAGCCAUCGGAUUUUGGGAUAAAAUGAGAAUAAUGAUGCACGUUAGAAUAUUAGCUGAAUUCAAGGGAUCAGGUGAUUUACAAUUUUAUGCUAAGGGCACACGUGAUCCAUAUUUAGUUACCGGACGCGGUGCUGGUUUUGUCUUAUGUUGGAGCAAGCAUGUUGAAAUACGAUUAGGUUAUUCAAAUGAUCAAAAUGAAGUCCUUCAGGUUGAUAGCGAAGAAUUUACUUGUGCUAUUCCUAAUUUAGUCGCUGUGGUCUCUGAUGGCAGUUUAUCCGCUGAUAAUACUGGUCUAGAAGCUAAGCUUCAGAAUGAGAGUUUACCUGAUUCGGAAACUAGUACAAUACGAACUCAGAAUUCAUCAAAUGCUACAAUAAAUGAUGUAUUACACGGUAAUUUUUUGAAGAGAAUAAUGAAACUUUGUGGAGGUGUGAGAUAUGGUAUGGGGGUUCAUUUUCAAAGACUCUGUGAUAAUGAUCAUGGACUAUGUUCAGCCUGUGGAGGACAACGAAAAUGUCGCUUAACAGAUUUUAUACCUCAUUAUGAAAUAAUUACACGAAUGCCCGAAUAUGCAAUUGUACCAAAGGGACAAGUCUACGAUUCUUUUAAAGGUUUCCGAUCCGAUUUUGUUCAUCUUUCAGUCAGUGUAACAUGUCCCAUAAAUUUAAAUAAAUCUGAUGAUUCUCAUAUUUGUGAAAAGAACUCUAUAGAAUUAAGUCCGAAAUCACUUAUACAUAUUCUAUCGUGGGCGUUUCUUUUUGAACCUGCAAUGUCUAUUCCCAUUCGCCAAGGAGCUUUAUUUCCUUCUCUUGAACCUCCUUCUCCAAAGCUUGGAAAAUAUCUUGGAACUAUAAAAAUCAAAAUAUGCGUAGGUACUUUGUUCCUUAGUCAUUUUUAUCGGGAAGAUGCUUUUGAACCAUUAAGUGGAAGAACGCACAUUGUAGGGAUUAAGGGAAAGAUCGAAAGUUUCAAAUUUGAUAUGCAUCUUCGUAGCAAAGAGAAAAUUAUUGAAGUGGAAGAAGGGAAAGAAGUCAAAGGUAGAGAUAUAAUCUUACAUGAAGCUGAAGUAGAUUUAAAAAAUCUAGAUUUUAGAGGAAUUACUGCUCGAUACGUACAAGAAAAUGUAUUUUCAAGCUUUUCCGAUGAAAGUGAUAGUGAUGGAAGAGAAUUCUUAUUAGGAAAAGAUGAAGAUUUCAUGGUAACGUAUGCUGAAGAUGAAGAAUGGAUCGAUGAAGCUAAUUUUGUUGAGUUGGAUUUGAUGUUACCAGAUUCUAAACCUGGUGUUAGAGUAUUGCCUUUAAUGAGAAGUCCACAAAUGAUGUAUUACAAACGUCCAGACGAAAAUGAUACAUAUGAAGACAAGAAGACAGACCAAGAAACUCAUAUAUGUGUUAUGGGGCAGGGUCGAGAUACUGUUCAAGUUCAAGUUGACUUUUUGACCGAAAGAUUAAAUCAAUUAAAUCAGGAGAUAAGGCAACAGACUAAGAUAUUAAGUGACAUUGAAGAGAAGAUAGCAGCGGAUUCUAAAAAGCAAAUAUUGCAAGACAUUUCACAAACUAUACAAAACACCACCGCUAUUUUAUCACAUAAAAGGAAUGUUAUUCAAGAAUAUUUAAAUAAUUUAGAAGAAACACUAAAUAAAUCAGGAACGAAAUAUGUUGAGGAGGGAAGUGAUGAUAAUGAAUCAGAUGACGAGAAAGUCAACUCUAGUUUUAAUUCUCCAUUAUGGGCCGAUUCUCAUGGUCAUUUUGGGCAUUUUGGGCAUAAAUUUAUUAUUCACAAUGCUGAAGCCUUAUGGAACAAUUCACUACGUAAUUUAUUGUAUAGAUUUCUGAAUCUUGCUGAACAACAGCUAGGUAUAUCAUAUUAUAUGUCAACGAGCGCAGUUAAAUUUAUAAGGGAUUUACAAAAGAAGAUUCAACAACAAAAAGAAAAGGAGGCUUAUGAAAAAUCAUUAAGGCAAGAAAGGGAUUCAAUAUAUUCCAUUGGAUUGGAUAGUUAUGAUUUUGAUGCUCAUAUGGCAGCUGAAAUGUUAAGGAAAUUGGUUGGAGAACAAGAGAUAAGUUUUGUUGUACCUAAUGAAGUUCUUGCAGAAGAAGCUACUAAUGAUCAAGGAAAAUCAAAAAAUACGUAUGAUGGUAUUCCCGAAGGUUAUUCACCACGUAAAGAUAUUUUCCUUCAACUUAUUAAUCCUCAAAUUAAUUUACAAUGUGAUAAAGAUCCGGAUUCCAGCAUAAUAAUGUGUAUAGAGAGAGCUCAGCUUAAGUCAUUUUCAAUAGUGGAAGAUUGGUCUAAAGGUGAUUUGAUUAAUGAAGUGGUGAAAACUAGGACAUUCUUUGGUAUAGAUAAUGCUCAAAUUUUUACGAGUACUAAAAAAGAUUUUUUGAAUGAUUAUUAUUCAAAGAUUUUGUCCGCAAAUAAUUAUGGUGCUAAAGGUCCAGAAAAUUGGCCCGUGUGGGUUCCAAUGGAAGCAUUAAUUAGUAAUAGUGCUUUACCAUUUCAACGAAUCGUUAAAAGAACUUCUGCAACAACUCGAUAUGAUAAAUUUAACAAUUUACGUAUAAAGGGUAGUGAUAUUAAAAAGGAUGGAAAAGAUAAAAAUAAUAUUGAACAAGAAUCUGAUAAAUUAGGAGUUAAUGAUUCUAAGAAGGAAGAAUUUGAUAAAAGGAUGGAUUCUUUACAUAUAGAUGUUCCAAAUAUUAAAAUAUCAGCAACAUCUGAUCAAUAUUGUAUAUUUUUUGAUAUUGUCACAGAUUUAUUCAUGUAUCGUGAACCUGCACAAAAAGAACGAGCUGAAAAGUUGGGAGCAAUUUUACUUGCAGCAGAUUUAGAUAACCUUGAAGGUGUAGCUGAAAGAGUAUCAGCUUUACAAGAACAAAUUCGUCAAUUGGAUGAUAUUAGAUUACAAUAUGAAUUAUACUCAACUGAAUUAGAUGAGGAAGGAUUGAAAGAGCUUAGUGCUGUAAAUGUAGAAUUAAUAAAUUUACAAGAAGAAUUAGAUCUUUUAAUGAAAGCUAUAACUGCUUCACAAGAAAAGAAACAGAAGGCAGAAAGUAAAAUGCCGUUGAAACUUAUAGCAACAGCAGAUGAGGUAAUUUGGGUUAUGCAAGAAAAUGACAGAAAACCAUUUUGUGAAUGGAAAUUAUCGAAAGCAAAUUUUGGAUGGGUGACAAAAGAAGGGAACGCUAGUACGAACAUUUUAGAGAUAGAUCAUGUCAUCGUAACAAAUAAGUUAACAUCUCCCGUAUUUGAAAAAUUAAUAUCACCACAUAUAGAUCCUCGACGUCCAGUAGAUUUUAGUCGUAAUAAAAUGAUAAGAGUUUAUUGGGAAGAGUUGGAACCGGUGGCUGGAAUUGCGAUGGUUGAACAUUUUGAAGUUAAUAUGGUUCCACUCAAAUUUCAAAUGCAAUAUGAUAUUGGAAAACUUAUGAUGAUGUAUAUAUUCCCAGAAAAAAGGAAAGAAUAUAUGAUGAAACAAAAUAACGUGAAAACAAAUGAAAAUGUUCAAGUUAGUUACAGUACAGAACAAAAGAGAAGUUCUAUGGGUUCCGAACAAACGGCGAAAUCAUCAAAGAAAACAAUAGAUUCAUAUAGUGAUAGUCUUAUUUCUGAAUCUCAAGAAAUUGUUAGUGAUGGAUAUGUAACUGUUUUUUCGGAUGAUAAUUCCAUGUCUUCCAUGUCUAUUAGUACAGGAAUUGGUAAAAGACAAUCAUCAAAGACAGCAACAGAUGAUUCGUAUGAGCUAGAACUAAUGAAAAAGAGAGCUUCCCAAAACAGAACAUUCAUUUAUAUAAAAGUUCCAGGUGUACAACAUAAUUUUAGCUAUCAGGGCGCAAAAGAAAAGAAUUUUGAAGAUAUUUAUGAUUUUGUUUUCACAAUGCCAACGUUGGAGUAUCAAAACAAAACGUGGUCAUGGUUAGACUUUUUGGAACAUAUCAAAAGAGAUAUUCUUCGUAGCAUCCUGUAUCAUACUGGUUCCUUGAUAAAUCAAAAAUUCCGUGGUAGACCAACGAAUGAUAACUUAACUUCAAAUGAAGCUGUAGUUCCUUCAUUAGCCACAGCAUUGGUAGCAGCUACAGCUAAUGUUACUGCGUUGAUGAAUGAAGAAGGUACUAAUAGUGAUCAUGAUGAAGGAUCAGACAAAGCUUCAGUUCUUAGUAGUGAAAGUCAAGAAAGUCAAAAGAAAGUAUUAGGUAUAAAGAUAAAAAAACAUGAUAAGAAAGAUUCUAUAACAAGAUCAACUCCCUUUACAAAUUUCUAUAUACACAAGGAAAGUAUUGGAACGAUUUCAACUAACACAAGAUCCAUUGACUCAUCCGCAGAAAACGAAAAUGAAAAAGGAAAAUUAUUAUUUGGUAAAUUAUAUAAUGAAAGUAGAUAA